AUGUCGCUAAGGCGGUUUCUCCUGCAGUUGGCAAAUUAUCCGCGUUCACCCGACGAAGAGUCCAAUCCCCUGAACGACUUUGCCGAUUUUCCCAAUCUAGCCAGCUUCAAUUUCGCCCUAACAACUGAAGGAUCACGAACACCAACAGCUGAUUCAACAGUCACCGCGGCUGCUGGCGCUGCUGAGUCUGUUUCAGAUGACAAGAAAAAUCUGCGUGAUUUCCUCGAAAAGGGCCUGAAAAGGGUUGAUUCGUCUACGUCCGCCACGGAACGUACUGGUAUCGGACGUUCACGGGGUCUCACUCUUGACGAAUUAUCCACAUGCAUAGAUACCUGCAGGCAGACGGGAAGUUGGUCAGAUCUUCAUUCCCUCAUCGAGAAUGUUUUCACAUCCAUCCCCGCGCUGGCCGCAAGUUUUCCCCUAACCUCGUGCGAAUCAGCGCGUGCCUCUAAUUCCACCAAAACCCAACGAUCUGAGCCCCUACCACAAGAUAUCGACAUGUCCGAAUCGGAACCACGUGUAGUUGCUUCUUCAGCCAUAUCGUCCCAUCCUCCAGAGGAAUCGGUUUCCUCCAAAGCCGAUGGUGACAUCGACAUGCGAACAGGCAAGUCUGAAUCAGUUCUAAAAUCAGCCAUAGCACUGGCACCAGAACCCGAAGACUCUCCUGCUCCACAUGUCGGUGACAAAUCUGCCAGACUGCUCAAAGUCGGCCCAAAGGCAGUACCCGUGAAUAUUAUCGAGGUGCAAAAAGCCUACAAGCUCCUGCUUGACCUACCCCAGGAGGCUGAUAUAAUUGCCCUGCUGAGCAAGACUAUACCACGCUUUGUCCUCACCAAACUCCGAAUAACAUUCAAUUCAAAUCCGCCGGCCUCGUUGCUACUGGAGAAUCCUGACCCCCUGAGUCAGGAGGCGGACAUGCAACAGCGAGCAGUCAACGUGUUUGUCAUCCUCUUUGCAUGCCCUCUGGUGACAGAUCCUCUCUACUUCGAAGUAAGAGACACUAAAAUUGAUUCCGCCUCUACACUGUAA